AGCUUUAUAAAAACCCGCCGGCGUCGCAUGUAGACUCACUCCAACUUAGAGACUUUUUCCGCAUGUAUAACCGAAUAGCAUUCUAAAGAGGAUAUUUUCCCACCUCACUAAGGUGUAUUGAAUCACUCGGACUGUUAGCUUUCAGGUUAAGAAGUUAGGACAACAAUAGUGGAAGAAAAAUGCGCUUAAUUCACAAUAUGACGACCAUCGCGGAGUGCUCAGCCCCGGACUACUCGCCAGCAAACCGGGCAAUUAAAAUAGCCGUCAUUGGAGCCGGUGGAGUGGGCAAAACAGCACUCGUCGUUCGUUUCUUGACGAGGAGAUUCAUUGGAGACUACGAGAGGAAUGCUGGCAACCUGUACUCCAGAGAGGUUCAAGUGGAUGGUGAGCAAGUCAGCCUCCAAGUUCAAGACACGCCUGGCGUGGAGAUGAGCGACAAUGACGCCGUGCUACCCGACCACGUGUCAUGCUCCCUGCAGUGGGCCGAUGCAGUAGUACUAGUGUACUCUGUGACGGACCGCCGCAGCUUCGACCUGGUGCCGCAUUUGCACCAAAGAGUGGCGCGGUGCAGCAGCACUAGCAGCAGUGGGCCCCCUGUGGUGCUGCUGGCCAACAAGGCGGACCUUCUCCAUCUGCGUCGCGUGGAUCCCCAACAGGGGCCCAUGCUGGCCGGUACGCUUGGCUGCGCCUUCUACGAGGUUUCGGCCAGCGAAGGCUACAGUCAAGUGCACGGUGCCUUCCAUCGGCUGUGUUGCCAGCUAGCCAAGCAGCGGCCUCCUUCGCCGCCAGCCUCGCAGCCCGUCGCUGAGAAACGGCGCCCAAAGUCUCCUAACAUGCAGGACCUGAAGAGGCGCUUCAAGCAAGCGCUCUCCGCCAAGGUUCGGACUGUCACGUCCGUGUGAAGCGUUCUUUGCGAUGGAUUUUUGUUUUUCUGAGAAGACGUUUCUCAAGCGACGUCCCGAACGAGGAUGACAACGACGAAGACCGUGACAAGGGUUUCGUCUUGUUUGCCUCUUCGAGGGCAAACAUUCCUCCGAGCUGUUCCGCCAACACAAACACACAAAGCGGGACACGAGAUGGUGGGCGCCGGGUAUCACGGCAGUGUUGUUAUCACUGAUGCACUUUCAGGGCCGUAGGGCCUCUUCAUUUUGUUGUUAUUGGUGGUGGUGUUAUUUAUUUGUAGACAAUUCAGUUUGUGUUCACAAUAAAACAAUGAAUCUCAUUUCUGCCUUUUCUUAU